ACCACCACCACCACCACUACCACCAAGCCCACCACUACCACUACCACCACCACCAAGCCCACCUCCACCACAAAGUCCACCAAGACUUCUACCACCACUAAGUCUACCACCACCACCACUAAGCCCACCACCACCACCACCACCACUUCCUCCCCUACCCCCACCUCCAACGCUCCCCACGCUGGCAACGCCUGUACCUCUGGCUAUGCUUGCGGUGAUCAGAACGACGUCCUCGUCUGCGGCGGCGGUGUCUGGAUCCAGAUCGGCGUUUGCGGCACUGGCACCCACUGCUACCCCAACGUCUUUGUCUGCGGUCCUUAAAUGACUCGCCCAUCCCUCUCUCCAAAUCCGAUAGUAGAUCCUCACCACUGUCCUUUUCAAAUGCUCUCCCCUUCCUCCUCCACCCUUUCGUACCUCUCUCUCUCUCUUCCUUCGAUUCAGAAAAGGAAGUCGUCCUGAAUUGUCGGGCUGGAGAGGGCAGGGAUGUGUGAUGGUAGUGAGCAACGGCGAUUGGUAAUCCGCUUACAGUUCCUCAUGCUCUCCCUCUCCUCCACCUCUCUCCCUCUCCUCCUCUCCUCAUUCCAGUGUCUCUUUCUUUCUCUGUUCUUCCACUCCGCUGCCCUCCCUUUACUUUAUCCCUCUACCUCAGAAUGCGGCGGCAAUCUGGACUUGCUUUUGAGGUGGAGGAAAGACAUUUUAGUGUAAUAAUCCUGUUGGUUCGACGGAUGUUUGUUGAGUUUGAUUGUCUCCGGCCAGCUUCCCUCCUCCCCCUCUUUCCUCGUCUUAUAUUUGUCCGGAUUGACGGCGGGUGGAGGGAGCGAGCCAGCUCUCUUCUCUCUCCUCCACCAUCUUUUCGAUCGGCUCUUGUAUCUCUCUCUAAUGUCUCAAUACUAUCGAUGCGAUUUCUAUGCCAUAAAAUUGUCUCGGCGGAAGCCGGAGCGCACCCAGAUGUCGAUCCGUG